CCGCGCCAGGAAUCUCCCGCCAGCCGCGCGGGUCCCCACGGCAGCAGCACGUGGAGCGACCGCGGAGCCUGAGCGACAGCUGCAGCCCGCGCGGCCCGCGGCGACAUGGAAGAUAUACAACCAAACACGGAGCUGAAAAGCACCGAGGAGCAGCCUCUGCCCACAGAAAGCCCAGAAGUUCUGAAUGACUACAGUUUACCCAAGCCUCAUGAGAUAGAAAAUGUGGACAGCACAGAGGCCCCAGCCAAUGAAGAUGAAGAUACAGGAGAAGAUUCGAUAAAAGUGAAAGACGAAUACAGCGACAGGGAUGAGAACAUUCUGAAGCCGGAGCCCAUGGGAGACUCGGAAGAGAGUGAAAUGCCUUACAGCUAUGCAAGAGAAUACAGCGACUAUGAAAACAUUAAGCUAGAGAGACACACGUCGUACGACAGCAGCAGACCGAGCGGCGGGAAGAUGAACUGCGACGUGUGUGGAUUAUCCUGCAUCAGCUUCAACGUCUUGAUGGUUCAUAAGCGAAGCCAUACCGGUGAACGCCCGUUCCAGUGUAAUCAGUGCGGGGCAUCUUUUACUCAGAAAGGUAACCUCCUCCGCCACAUUAAGCUGCACACGGGGGAGAAACCUUUCAAGUGUCAUCUCUGCAACUACGCAUGCCAAAGGAGAGACGCGCUCACGGGACACCUUAGGACACAUUCUGUGGAGAAGCCCUAUAAGUGUGAGUUCUGUGGAAGAAGCUACAAGCAGAGAAGCUCUCUGGAGGAGCACAAGGAACGCUGUCGCGCUUUUCUUCAGAAUCCUGACUUGGGAGACGCCGCAAGUGUGGAGGCAAGACACAUCAAAGCAGAGAUGGGAAGUGAAAGAGCUCUCGUCCUGGACAGAUUAGCAAGCAACGUGGCUAAACGAAAAAGCUCAAUGCCUCAGAAGUUCAUUGGUGAGAAACGUCACUGCUUUGAUGCCAACUACAAUCCCGGCUACAUGUACGAAAAGGAGAAUGAGAUGAUGCAGACCCGGAUGAUGGACCAGGCCAUCAAUAACGCCAUCAGCUAUCUCGGGGCUGAAGCCCUUCGCCCCUUAGUCCAGACUCCACCUGCUCCCACCUCUGAGAUGGUCCCGGUCAUCAGCAGUGUGUACCCCAUAGCACUUACUAGGGCCGAUGUGCCCAAUGGGGCCCCACAGGAGCUGGAAAAGAAACGGAUCCUCCUGCCAGAGAAGAUCUUGCCUUCUGAGCGAGGUCUGUCCCCCAAUAACAGUGCCCAGGACUCCACAGACACUGACAGCAACCACGAGGAUCGCCAGAAUCACAUCUACCAGCAAAGCCACAUGGUCCUCCCCCAGGCCCGCAACGGGAUGCCACUCCUGAAGGAGGUCCCUCGCUCUUUUGAACUCCUCAAGCCCCCUGCCAUCUGCCUGAGGGACUCCAUCAAAGUGAUCAACAAAGAAGGGGAGGUGAUGGAUGUGUUCCGCUGUGACCACUGCCAUGUCCUCUUCCUAGAUUAUGUGAUGUUCACCAUCCACAUGGGUUGCCAUGGUUUCCGUGACCCCUUUGAGUGUAACAUGUGUGGCUAUCGAAGCCACGAUCGCUACGAAUUCUCCUCUCACAUUGCCAGAGGAGAGCACAGAGCCAUGUUGAAGUGAGCAUCGUCUCUAAGCUCACGUCGAAGUGUCAACAUUGUUUUUAAAAGCUGAUGAUAGCCUUAUCCAGUAGACUGAACCCAAACCCACAAUCCCGCCCAGCUAUGUUAGCUCUCAGUCAUGUCCGCAUGAGCAGUCAGGGAAAUACUGUCUUCAUUCAGAAACUGUUUGCAGAGCUAUCAUGUUCCUUUGUGAACUCUUCCUUUCCCAUCAGUUGAAUUUGAUGGGAUUUAAAAGCCAAAGAAGUAUCUGGUUCAUUAUCUUUUGUAGCAGUCAACAGCCAUCCACUGGCGCUCCUGGCCAGUUGGAACAAUCCUCCGUGGGCUGCAGGAGUCAUUCACUGUAAUACAGCAUCCAUAUGUGGGAAAGCCUUUUGAUCCGAUGCCCAGAUCCACACAGCGGAAGAGCUGACCACCUGCCCUUGCCCUUGGGCACCAACGCAAGGCAGAAGGCUUAGCAUGUAGUCCCCCUCCCUUCACGUUCUAGCAGUGAGGAAGAGGUGGCCCUACAGUAAGGACCUGCUGCCAGUGAUGGAAGACCCUAUUCUUGGAGCAUCAAUCCACUUCCUGUCACACAGGCAAAACAAAACUGAAGCCAUCUGAGGACCCUUCUGCUUUACCUGCUGUCCCAUGGGAGAACCUCAGACGAUCUGGCCUGCGCCAGAACCUUGAUCCUCCUGCCUCAGUCUGGAGGAAAAUUCUACUCCAGGAGAACCAAUGCUUUUAAAUAUUGUGUAUCUUUGAAACCGCAGAGUCAUCCACUGAGAGGUGAUAUUUGUCUCCUUUGAUUGAGGUUGGUAGAGCAAGUGGGGGCAUAGUUUAGGGGUACAGUGCCUGCCAAGUUCAACCCCUAUACCAGGGGACAAAGGGGAAAGAAAGAAGGAAUAUGAAGGAAAGAAAGACGGGCAGAGCAGAGUGUGUGAGGACAUAGCUGGUUGGCAGUUCUUGUCAUCUCUGUGGAGUACUGGCUGAAAACCCAAAGAAUAUUUGAAAGUGAUUUUAGGCAAAAGAGCCAGAUGUGCUGCUUCAUCCCCCUCCCCCACCCCACAGGCGUGAGAUCAGGGAUAGAACCACGGUUGUUUCCUCAGGACAGGGUGACAUCACACUCUCCUGGGUUAGACAUGCGUGGCUUUUACUUUAUUUUUCUAUUUUUAAAACAGGGUUUCUUGCUGCCCCGACAAGCCUCCAGCUCACUACUAGCUGAGGCUAGCCAGCACUCUGAUCCUCCUGCCUCAGCCUAGGGAGUGCUGGGGUCAGAGGGCGAUCACCAUCAUGGUGUUGGGCUUCUGUUGUCCUAAAUAGGAGUUGCUGCAUCUCACUGAGAGUCUUGGAAGGCUCUGAUCUUGUUCUGUAGAUGGACCAGGCAGUCACCUUUGACACACAGGCACCAGGACAUCAAGAUUCUUGUAAAAAUGUGCCGUAAAAUGAGCACUGGACUAGAGGCCACAGAACAUGUUUGCCUGCCCUUGUUUGCUACUAACUAGUUAACUCUAAAAGCUACAUUUUCUCAACCAUAGAAUAAGAGUUGGGUCCAGAGCCUCCUGAUGGUCCCUUCAGCUUUGAUAUGAUUAGACAAUAACCACAGGUGGUUUUUGUUUUUUGUUUUUAAUUUCUUGAUGUGUGGGCAUUAAGCAGCCCUGCACAUGAGAAUGUGUUUCAUAUUUCUUUGAUGUGAAAAUGUAGCUGUGUUAAGUUUUUCCUUCAGCCAGUGAGUCAUGACCAUGAAGGAAAUGGUGGAGGGGGACCGAGAACAGGAAGGGUUUUGAUCAUGCCGUUGUGUACACAUGAGCUGGCAUCUCCAGCUCCUUGCCAGGGCCCUUUUCUUCCUUUCUUUUUAGAAGAACGUGUGUUAAGGAAAAUGAAUUCUGCUUACAGGGACAGCUUCAUGGAGCCUAUUUACAAAUUAAGAGCUAGCUUUCAUGAGCAUUUCUGCCAGAGCCAAGAAUCCCAAACUCCUGGUAUAUUAGCAUUUUCCUACUAAAGGACUUGUGGAUUCUGCUCUCACUCAAUUCAUUUAUGCGAUGCCAGUAAUUAAAACGUUCCACCCCAAACACACAAAUGGCUUAGCCUGCUUUGUAGCAUGGUGUCUGUCUCAAGGUAAAGGCGGGGGAUGGGGAUGGGGCAUAUGAAAUUCCAUGGCAACAGUCCCAUGUAUCUGAGGCCUCAGCUUAAGGGCCAGGUGUCUUCAUCACAUCUCUGCAUCUCAGCAGAAUCGGAUCUGAGCCGUUCCACAUUGCUCAUGCCCACCGUGAAAGAGGACCUGCCUAUUCUAUGCUUGAGAUAUCUCACAUCCUGUUGUCUUGAGGGAGUUCAAAGAGAGAGUGUUGGGAAACAGGGACUAGAAAGAAGAGAUGCAGAAAUGGGCGUUUCCAUCAGAGUACUGCUGAAAUCUGCUGCAGGGAGCAGGCACACACACACACACACACACACACACACACACACACACAGUCAUCUUAAGAUGGUGGACGGUGGACUACCAUUCUACCAGCCCAGACACCUCUACAAAUCAGACUCUGUCUGCUCUAUGACUGGGCUUGCUGGAUUGCAUCCCUCUCCUGAGACUCCUUUUCUAAGCGAUGUGCACACAGAGCCUUGACCUUCACAGAAGCUUCUGGAGCCUCGUAGGAGUCUCAACUCCUAGGGCCUGCUGGAGCUUGAAGAUCUGGCAGUUAAGCCUAGUGGGGUGCCGUGUUUGGUGUCGUGGUUAGCACUGCCUGUGCAUGUGAUACUUGCACUGCCUAGGGGCCCCCCCGAUGGAGGUGGGAGCUGAGAUGAGAGAGGGUAGAUUUGCAUCCUCCAUGGGGCUGGGAAGUCCUGGGGUAGCUUCAGCUUCCUCAUAUAGACGCCUUUGCCAUGAGCCCUGUGGAUCUUGCCUUCCUUUUCACCAGCCCUCUUAUAAGCAGACUUUCACCACACACCAUAGGGGUGGGGGCUGGGGGCUGCGAUUUGGGGACCAAUCAAAACCACAAGAAGUUCCAUUGCAGCCAAGGUGACAGAGUUGGGGUGAAGGUGGGAGAAGGGUAGAAAUGGCUCCCCGAGUGCUCCUUACGGUGUUCUGAAGGGCUGCACAGAGCUGAGCAGAUGUGGCUGUCCCACGGCUGCUCAACAUUACCACCAGAAGAGGGAAAAGGCCACAGAUCUUCAUAAGCUUCAAGUCAUUCCCCCAAAGAAACAGUGCCCUGGCAAUGACAAGCCAGCUAGCCUUCUCUCUGCUGCCCAGCCUCAGCCCUUCCUGACUUCACUUCUGAAUUCACCCACGGCGGAAUUCCAUCGUGUGUGUACUUACCACUCUGGUUAAUCCAUCAUCCAUAUUCACACACACACACACACACACACACUCAUGCCCCACGCCAGAAAGACACACACCACACAGACACAUAGACACAUACACACCAUACACACACACACACCACAUACCACGCCACAUAGAUGCACACCACAUAAAUACACACACACACCACACACACACACCACACCACCACCAACGAAGAAAAUGGCCCCAGGUGUCUUUCGCAAAGAGCAAUAUUUUAAAACAUAAAAUCUUAAUUUAAAUAUAUAACUAACAAAUGUCACAUUGACAUAAAAGUUUUCCAGGAAGGUCUACAUUACUCUCCUCCUCAGCUUCUUUGUGCCCUUGCUGAAUGUGAAGGUUGUUACACUUUAGGGGGAAAGCCUUCCUUCCAGGCUGGGGUGUAGCUCAGGACAAGAAUGUUCACCCAGCACCAGCAUGAGAGAGGCCCUGGUUUCCAAACCUGGCUGGAAGAGAAAGAGAUAGAUAAAUGAUAGAAGAUAGAUAGAUAGAUGGAUGGAUGGAUGGAUGGAUGGAUGGAUGGAUUUUGAAACAUACCCCAGGGCAGGCAGGAAGACUAUGGAGACAAAGUUGGUCCAUGGUCCUCCCUGUAAGGUACACUCCACUGAAAGGUAUGCUGGUUUCUAGUAAGGCUUGGGAAACUCUGUGACAGUUCAGGCUUGUGAAACAGCUUGGGCAUCUUUGAAGAUGCAGAAGCCUUGAAUUAAGACUUCUGCAGUAAGGAAGAAAAAAGAGUGGAUUUUUACCUGAAAAUCAGUACCAAGAGCUUUGGUGGAAGAGAAUAUAUAUUGUCACAUUUCAAAGGCUAACAAUGCUACGUCAUGCAAAGGGUUGUUUAGGUUACUUUAAGAAACAGUGAUUCUGGGCAUCACGAUUGGAGAAUCUACAUUCUUUAUCUGAAACCAAAAGCUGAAUCUGGGCCACAGUAGGACUGUUCUCUAAGAAGGCAGGACUGAGCUGCCAUGGAAAUGGUCAGUAAGGACAGAGUUGGGGGGUCACAGGUUUUUUUGUUUGUUUCUUUGUUUUUUGGGGUUUUGAGACAGGGUUUCUCUGUGUAUCUCUGGCUGUCCUGGAACUCACUCUGUAAACCAGGCUGGCCUCGAACUCAGAAAUCCACCUGCCUCUGCCUCCCAAGUGCUGGGAUUAAAGGCGUGCGCCACCACUGCCCGGCAGGGACCACAGUUUCUAAGGACAAGGGACUUGGAAGAACCUAGAAGGCAAGUGUGGGCUUUUACCCAGAGUGAGCUCAGAGUGUAAUGGAAGUCUUCGUCUCUUGCCUUACCUAAGCGGUGACCUCCAUAACCCACCAAGCCAUCAACAUGCUAACUAGGUGUUUUUACUGUGAAGAAGCUGGAUGUACUGUCCCCUAAGCAUUCCGACGGGAGACCAUCUGAUCCAUUGAUACCAAUUGGUUGUUAUCUGAGACUGGAGCAUUCAUGCUUUGAUUUAAGAUGAAAGUCAUAAUAUUAUCUUCCUUCCAGAGCGUUGUGGUUUGCUGUAGUCUUGUGUGUAAAGUUGCUUCGGGGGAAGGGAUGUUACACUGCAAUUAUACAUUUUCUACUGUAGAUCCGGCAUCUGGUUCAAAGGUUAUGAAAAGGGUCAGGAUCUCAGUAGGGCCAGUGGCAUUGCAGAUGGAGGCUGCCUAACUAGCAGUUUCUUAGUGUUGUGUGGCAUACAGCUAACGAAUACGCUGGACCUUGGAGCCACUGUGAGUGAGCCACAUAAACCCUUUCGUGGCCUUUCGCCAAGACAGUAGAAUAGCUUUGCACCCUCCAUGUCUGUGAGACCAGAGCCAUCAGCCCUCACAGUCUUCCUAGAGGGUCCCCACCCUCCAUCACUCUAGGGAGCCCAUUCCUGAGAGCCCAGAGCAUUGUAGCCCCACUGGGCUCCCUGCCUUUCUCCAGCACAAUCCUGUUUCUUUGCCUCCCAAAAAAAAGACACACACACUUUAACAUGUUAGGGAAACAGAGCAGCCAUCAAAAAUGACUGGUGUGGCCGCCAGUGACUCAUCAAUAGGAGGCCUUUCCAGGCUCACUGGCAAGGCCCUUCCUGCUUGGCCUGCCUCUGUGGAGUCACAGAAACCAAAUUACUGUGGGUUGUGAAGAACUAGCAGGUCAUUUUAAAGGCAGACAUAACUUCACCCAGACUGUGGUUUUUAGCUGCUCAAUCGGUGAGCCCCUGGGGGAAGGAUCAUUUUGGCUACUGGAAAAAACCAUAGCUUAUUUUUAAUUUCUGGUUGUCAAAGUCACCACACGUGUGGUCUGUGGAUGACCCUCAUCUGCAGAGUUGAUGAGAGAAGAACAAAAGGUGGGUUGGAGCUCAGGGGACCCUUACCUAGAAGUUCCCACAAGGCCUUACCAUCAGCCUCCUCCCUGCCUGGGUUUCUCAGAAACAUCCCCUGCAGUGUAUCUGUCUUCCCUCCUCUGGAUCCUGAAUCCCAGCAUCUGGAGCCUCGUACAAUAACUCCCCACCCCAUAAUGUCUGCCCGAAGCUCACUUUGAGUGAAGUCCUUGCUAAUCUCCCAGAACAUGAGAACUGCAUCUCCUGUAUGAAGCAGCCUUCUGGUAUUGUCAAGUCUUCUUUACUGUGUUUGAUUUUUUUUUUACACUGAUAAAUAGAUAAAUAAAAUCCUGGUGUGUUUAAAAUUU